AAAAAUCAAUGAAUAAAUGACACAUCCGAUUUAAUUGGAUUUGAUUUGAUCUUCAUUUUGAGUUCCAACUCCAAAAUGGUUCAAACAUCAAACCCUCAUCAUCAUCAUAAUAACGAUCACAAAACAUUGGUAUUAAAAUCAGCAAUAUAUUCAAGGAUCCUUCUAAUAUCCCUAAUCAUCUUCUUCCGAACUCUAGCUUCCCCUUACGACACCUCCGCAUCCUUAAACCCACCUUGCCUCACCACCACCGUCGCCGCCACACCAAACAACACUCACCGUUCUCCAAUCGCUUCCGCUAUCGAAAACGGCAUCGUUUGGGACUCCGUUUACUUUGUUCGCUCCGCUCAAUGUGGCUACGAAUAUGAACAAUCCUACGCUUUUUUACCUCUCCUCCCCCUUUCCAUUUCCUUCUUAUCUCCUUCAAUUCUUUCUUCUUUACUUCCUCAAAGAUCUCUUUUCGCUCUUUCUGCUUAUUUAAUCAAUAAUCUCGCUUUUGUUCUCGCUGCUCUUUACUUUUACAGACUUUCUAUUGCUAUCUUGAAGGAUCCUGAAAUUGCAUUACGAGCUACGGUUUUGUUCUGCUUUAAUCCUGCUUCUAUAUUUUAUUCAUCAAUAUACUCGGAAAGUUUGUAUGCUGUUCUUAGUCUUGGAGGACUGUACUACUUUGUAUCUGGAAAAAAUAAUUUGUCUGUUCUUCUUCUGGCUCUCUCUGGCUGUGCAAGGUCUAAUGGAGUUCUUAAUGCUGGCUAUAUCUGUUUUCAGACUAUGCAUCGGGGUUAUCAUGCCUUGUUUCACAAUAAGAAUGUUACUUUGGCAUUGCAGAUUGCUGUUGUUGGAGCUUUACGCAGUAUAUGUAUAUUUGCUCCAUUUGUAGCCUUCCAGGCUUAUGGCUACUACAAUAUGUGUGUUGGGCGUUUUCCUGAUGAAAGAAGGCCGUGGUGUAAUGCAAGGAUACCGCUGCUUUACAAUUAUAUUCAAAGUCAUUAUUGGAAUGUAGGUUUCUUGAGAUAUUUUCAGCUGAAACAGUUGCCUAACUUCCUUCUUGCAUCUCCAAUACUCUCUCUGGCAUUUUACUCAGUUGUUCAUUAUGCUAAGUCAAGGCCUCAGAUCUUUUACUCCCUGGGUUUUGACACUACUAUUGAAGAGAAGAGCUGUGGAGUUGUGUUUUUGUCAGAGGAUCUUUUAAGGUCCAAAGUAGCUGGCACUGUGGAGAAAUCCUCUGUUAGAACCGAAGAACAUUUCAAUGUUAGGAGGAGGAAGAACAUAAUCAAAGGGGACGUUUCUAAUGUUCCCAUAGAGUCUGAGCCAGAAGCCAGGUCGGGUUACUUGUCUGCAUCUGUUCUCCCGUUUGUGUUGCACUUGGGAUUCAUGGCAGGCACUGCUUUUCUUGUCAUGCAUGUACAGGUGGCAACUCGUUUCUUGUCUGCCAGCCCUCCUCUUUAUUGGUUUGCUGCAUAUAUAAUGACAUAUCCUGCAAAAUACCUUAGAUGGGGAUACCUGAUAUGGGCAUACUCUGCAACAUAUAUUCUUCUUGGCAGUUUGCUAUUUUCAAACUUCUAUCCGUUUACAUGAUUUAUGAAGAUAGACAUGUGGCUGUCCAUGAAUAUGAUGCAGUGUUGGAUCUGAGUUUAAGAUGCCUGUUGGUUACGUCGGCCAUUUGGUGGUUUCUAUUUGAUCUAAUUGACCUGUUAUGUACUAGUAGCACAAUGAGGAAAAUGUCCCCUUCAUGUAGUGCAGCCUGUAUUUUGUAAUCAUUGUAAUGAUUUAGCCUCAACAAAAUCCAAUUUUUUUUUUUUUUU